AUGGAUCCAAAUCAAGACAAUAUAAUUACUGAAAGUGCAGAUGAAAAUUUCCCUCAAACAUCAAUUUCUACUACAGUAUCAUCAUACGAUGGAUCGGAUGAUGAAACAUCAGAAAAUUUAAAUAAUCUUGCUAAAUUAUAUACAGUCAUUGGUAACAUCACAAACUUUAAUGGACCCGUCCAGAUUAUGGUGAAUCAAAAAUUUCAAGAUGAUAUUGUAAACAAUAUUACUGAAACUAAGAAUAAAUCAGAAGAUAAUAGUCAAGAUUUUCAUAGACAUGCGCUUAUUAAAGGAUUAAGACUUUUAGAACGAAGAUACUGGUUAGCUCAACCACCUUUGGCAACAGAAGUUUUAGAAAAUCCAGUUGAAUAUGCCAUAAUAUGUCACACUGCCACGGAAAGUAGCAGAAAUAGAGCAGGAAAUAUUUUUCAUGUUAGACAUAUUCAAUUAUAUCAUAUCGAGUCGAAUGGUUGGAACGAUAUUGGAUAUAAUUUUCUAAUUGGAGAUGAUGGCAUUGUGUAUGAAGGCAGAGGAUGGAAAUGUAAAGGUUCUCAUACAUUUGGCUACAACUGUAAAAGUUUAGGCAUAGCCUUUAUAGGAACAUUCAACUCAGUUCUGCCGUCUGAGCAAAGUUUGAAGGCCUGCCGUCUUCUAUUAAAUUACGCAUCACAAUCAGGAUACUUACAAGAAAAUUACAAAUUAGUUGGCCAUUGCCAAAUUAUUGGAAGACUAAGUCCUGGAAGUGCACUUUAUUCUGAAAUUCAGAAGUGGCCGAAUUGGUCUAUAGAUUAA